AUGGUAUUGCCUGAGCUACUGGGAUAUAGUAGGCUGCAGUGCCUCGGCAGGGCCAGCUUUUGGGCCGGCCUGGGAAACUGCCUCAACAAUGGCUGUCUAUAUGCUGUGGCACAGUACACUGGUAGUUGGCCACUCCGGCGCGCAGUUGCACCUCUAACAGGCCCCGUGAAAGAGCACAGUGGAGCUGUCAGGUCUAUCGCAACGUCGGCUGUGCGAUGUGACAACUCGGUGGAGGAGUUGGGACCACCCAUAAAACGGCCACUGCGGUACCUGGAUAUGAAGACUUUUAGGCUGUUUUUGAAGCAACAGAAGAUAAGAGACAUAGAAAAGGAGAAGAGAGCCAUCGCACAAGCGCAUGCCAAGCCACCUCCAGAAGGAUGGGGCAUCUUGGAGUUCCUUAAUGCAGCGGGAAUCACGGAAGGGGCGGAACUCAUAGCCGAGUCGUUCGACUCAUGGAACGAAUUUAUCAGCAGCACUAUGGAGGAACUCUACGCGAACAACAGCAUGACCAACAAACAGCGACGUACCAUCUUCAAGCAUAUCACGUACGUCGGGUUAUACAACCACGGCAUGUGGCCACUUGGAAAAGAUGAUGACUACAUUAGCACCUUUCAGGCAAAACCACUAGAUAACGAGGGAAAGCCGUGGGACGCGGCCGACGACGCUGAGCUCCUGCGACUCGCCGAGUACUACGACGCCGAAUAUGGGGAUCCGUGGCUGUACCUGUCGUGGGAGAUGCAGCGCACGCCAGAGGAUGUCCAGGAGCGGUACAUCGAAUUGGUGACGAUCCCCAAGUACCGCAGCGACACCUGCGAAAUCGCAGUCACCAAGGCACACAAACCACUCCUCAUGAAUAGGAAGUUCAAGCUGGACCCUCCGUUUUUGUACAUCAUACCGUCAAAAGAGAACUUCCCACUCACGCCUGUUCACCGCAGCCUCGAAGAUCGCACGCCUGUUGAGCCCAAGGAAACAUUUUCAGAAAAGUUCCAGGCGUACAGACGACCUGAGUGUUUUCAAAACUAA